CGCAAUAAAUUGCGCGCUGUCUGCGUGACGGACUGAAAUCGCGGAGACGGCGGCGAGUUCGAGAGCAACCGCGAGCGAGUUUCUCGCCUCUUGUCUCUCCUCUGUCUCUCUGUCCGUGCUCUCUUGCUGGCUAUAGCUAACUCUCGGAUUCUCCACCCUUGCCCCCCCCCCGUCUCUCUUCGGCUUCCUUCUCUCCGCGAGCAGAAGUUUCGUGGCGCGCCACCGCCGUCCUCGGUCGCCGCCGUGGUUAUUGCGCACUAACUAGCGGCCAACGCGUGCGCAAAAGCGCAGCGCCCGUGCGCCAGCUCUCGUCCGCAUCUCCCUCCCCUUGCGUCUCGCAGUUAACCCGCGGGCCACCCGUUAGCACGAAGAGGGACGACAUCUCGGUCACCAUGAGACAACGCCUGAGCUCAGUGCGCCCUCGGCAAGUCAUCGACACCGCCGCCGCCGCCGCGUCCUCAUCAUCAUCCUGCUCCCCCAAUUCUUCUACGCGCGCGUCCACGGCUCGGUCGCUACUCGCGAUGGCGCUGGUGGUCGCGUGCGGUCCCUGGUCGUGCCUCGCUCUGGGCGGUGGCGGCGCGGGCCCCGUGGUUCGCUGCGAGCCGUGCGACGACCGGGCCCUGUCGCAGUGCGAGCUGCCCACGGGCUGCGAGCUGGUGCGGGAACCCGGCUGCGGUUGCUGCCUGACGUGCGCGCUGCGAGAGGGCGCGCAGUGCGGGAUCUACACGGAGCGGUGCGGCUUCGGCCUCAAGUGUCUGCCCCAGGCGGGCGAGGAGCGACAGCUGCAGGCGAUGCUCGAGGGUCGUGGCGUCUGCCGCCACUACGAAGAGGUGGACCCUCGCGAAGAGUCGAGCUUUGGGGACUCGACCCCGACCGAGGGCCCCGAGGUCGCCCCGCCGGCGCGCUCGCGCCACGUCGCCAACUCCAACAAGAGGAAGAAGGAGCGCUCGCGCCUGGUGGGCGACAACACGGUGGUCAGCGCACACGCGCUGGACAACAAACACGAGGGCGAGACCGGUCCGUGCAAGCGAAGCGUGGAGCUGGCCAUAAAAUACCUCAAGGAGAGCACCAACCUCGUGCCCAAGGCCAUCUACAUCCCUAACUGCGACCGCCGCGGAUACUACAAGAAAAAGCAGUGCAACCCGUCCAAGGGCCGCAAGCGUGGCCUCUGCUGGUGCGUGGACAAGUACGGGGCCCGGGUGCCCGGCUCCGAGCACAUGGGCGGUGGAGCUCGCUGUCAGUCCCUCAUGGAGCGCGACUGAAGCACCGCACCGGGGGAGGGACUCGGGGGUGGGGGGGGGGGGCUGUGGGAAGAGCGCGUGGGGAGAGCGAGAAAAAGGAAGAACUGGGAUGGAGGAGGAGGGGCCCCCCUGAUGGGGAGCUUCCCUAAGAAUUGCCAUCUUUACCCCCACACCCACCCACCGCUGUCCCUCUCCAUCGCCCCCCCCCCUACUCCUAACUCCCCGCCGUGGCUUCUGAGAGAGGCGUGAGCUGCUGCAGAGCAAUCUCGGCGAGACGGGCCUACGGGGUUCUCACCCCCACCGGGGUCGAGCCUUAACCAUUCCAUAAUGGAAGACGAGCGAUGUGUGGCGAAAAUUUCGCUCCAGAAGCGGAGCCCUUCACUUGAAAGGAGGAAGAGGGGGCGGCAGGGGAAGGAAAGAAGGGGGUUUGGUGGGGGGGAGCGUUUGCACGGGAGGCAAAAGAGAGAGGUUUGGCGAGGGGAAGAGCGUUGUGGGGUCGUGGGAGCUGGCGGGGGUGGGACAGGGUCAGUUGAAGCAGGGGAAAUGGACCCUUUUUGACGAUGACGAUUUUUGACUGAGAGCGGCGCACAAGCAGCGAAUCCCUGCCAGGUCCGGGCGGGAUGUUGGCACCGCGACACGGACUACGAGGCCUAAGGGAGCACCCCACUCUUUGUCUUUGAGAACACACUUCACACCACCACCAGAUGUUACUUAGGUAUUUAUUAAGAUCUAUAAAUUAAAGUAUAAUCUUAGCAAGCUAUUUAAUAUAGUAGGUUCCUAAUCGUAACACACGUCAUUAUACUGACUUAAACGUUCUUGAACAGUUAACCACGCGUCGCGUAUUUGUGUUUUGUCGUUAACUUUUGGACCAAUUAGCGCUAACGAUGGCACAUCGUCUGGCCGCGCGAGCCAGCCUCUUACCAUAGCUCCUACCGUGUACUAUCCUCUAGUUACCGCACGCUUAACAAUUAUACGUGGUUGUAUAUCGAUACCUAGAAAACGCAUAUAUAAUAUUAAUAAUGCUAUUGAUAAGAAUAAUGUUAAUACCAUCAGAGUCCAUGGUAAGACUGUUAUCUUACAGUGUGAUUGUUGUUGAAUAAAACAAACAAGCAAGUGG